ACUGUGCGGGCGUCUGCUGACUCCACGGACCGCGGCGUCGCAGCUGCUGAGUCUCAGCCGGGUUGUUGUUGCUGUUACCUCUGCUGCCGCCGCGGCUGCCACCGCCAUGGCUCAGUACAAGGGUGCCGCGAGCGAGGCGGGCCGCGCCAUGCACCUGAUGAAGAAGCGGGAGAAGCACCGCGAGCAAAUGGAGCAGAUGAAGCAGCGGAUCGCCGAGGAGAACAUAAUGAAAUCCAACAUCGACAAGAAGUUCUCUGCUCACUACGACGCCGUGGAGGCGGAGCUCAAGUCCAGUACCGUGGGACUUGUGACCCUGAAUGAUAUGAAGGCCAAACAGGAGGCACUGGUGAAGGAGCGGGAGAAGCAGCUGGCCAAGAAGGAGCAGUCGAAGGAGCUGCAGCUGAAGCUGGAGAAGCUGCGAGAGAAGGAGCGCAAGAAGGAGGCCAAGCGAAAGAUCUCCAGCCUGUCCUUCACCCUGGAGGAAGAAGAGGAGGCAGGCGAGGAAGAGGAGGAGAUGGCUAUGUAUGAGGAGGAACUGGACAGGGAAGAGAUCACCACGAAGAAGAGGAAGUUGGGGAAGAACCCAGAUGUGGACACAAGCUUUCUGCCUGACCGAGACCGCGAGGAGGAGGAGAAUCGGCUCCGGGAAGAGCUGCGGCAAGAAUGGGAAGCCAAGCAGGAGAAGAUCAAGAGCGAGGAGAUUGAAAUCACCUUCAGUUACUGGGAUGGCUCUGGGCACCGGCGGACAGUCAAGAUGAAGAAAGGCAACACGAUGCAGCAGUUCCUGCAGAAGGCGCUCGAGAUCCUGCGCAAAGACUUCAGUGAGCUCAGGUCAGCAGGGGUGGAGCAGCUCAUGUACAUCAAAGAGGACCUAAUCAUACCCCACCACCACAGCUUCUACGAUUUCAUCGUCACCAAGGCACGAGGGAAGAGUGGGCCCCUCUUUAACUUCGACGUUCAUGAUGACGUGCGGCUGCUCAGUGACGCCACCGUGGAGAAGGACGAGUCACACGCGGGCAAGGUGGUGCUCAGGAGCUGGUACGAGAAGAACAAGCACAUCUUCCCCGCCAGCCGCUGGGAGCCCUACGACCCCGAGAAGAAGUGGGACAAGUACACGAUCCGGUGAAUGCAGAGGUGGAGCAGCCUCGGCUCCCCGGUUCCCACCAGCCUCCCCACCCCCUGGGCCUCCUGGACAACCGGUGCCCGGCUCCCCCUCCCGUGAAGUGACUGACCUACCCCUGCCCGUGAUGUUGUCGUUCACUGCGUUUUUCUUUCAAGAUAAAGAAAUGCACAUGUCAGAGUUGGAGUACCCGCAGCGUGUUUUGUUGUAAAAAAACCUUUUUUUUGAGAUAAAUAAAGUUCACCAUUGUGGCCAUUCAAAAAUGUA